AUGGCUCGAAAUCUCACAGUUAUGGCGGCGCAGAUAACAGGCUCGCUACCAUCGUGGGCUCAACUACCCCAGUUGAAGAAAGUCAUCGCAAUGCCAUUUACAAAUAUGACUACUCUUUGGGGUAUUCCAGUUCCAUGGGUCGUCACGGGACUGAUUGCUUUCAUUUGCAUAUUAGCCCUUGUCCAGGAAGAAGACUUUCCUCAUACCGAUUACCCGCUACAAAAUCCCAGAAAGUUCUGGGAUGUCACCGCAUGGAAGUCAAAAUGGGAUUUCAUAUUCGGAGUCAGAAAGAUAUUAGAGAAACGAAUUGCUGAAGCACCGGACCAACCCUACCGUAUAUUGACCGACUUUGGUGAUAUGACCAUUCUUCCGCCUGACUAUGCCAACGAGAUUCGCAAUAGCGACGACCUUAGUUUUGAUCGUGUUGUAGAGAAGAACUUUCAAGCCCAUCUUCCCGGUUUAGACGUAUUCAAAGAGGAAAAUCUGCACAAGACCGUCCUGCGUCAUGUCAUUCGAACGCGUCUGACCCAGUUUCUGUCCAAAGUGACUGCUCCUCUCUCCAAUGAAACCGCUCUUACUCUGCAAGACGUAUUCACGGACCAAAAAGAAUGGCAUACAAUUAUCCUCAAGGACGAAAUUGUCAAGAUUGUCUCGCGUAUCUCCGCUCGUGUCUUCACGGGUGAGAUUUUAUGUCGAAAUCCCGAAUGGCAGAAGAUAACAGCAGAUUACGCUAUGACCUGUUUCCUAGCUGCUGACAUGGUUCGCAUGUUUCCAAAGCCCAUUCGCCCUCUCGUACAUCGAAUUUUGCCGUUAAGCAUCAAGGUUCGCUCCGAUGUAAAGAAGGCACGCGCUAUCGUCGAGCCGGUGCUUGCGGAACGCAAGAAGAUAAAGGAAGAGGCCAGACGCCGUGGCGAGCCAAUUCCAAAAUUCGACGAUGCUAUUGAAUGGUGUGAAGAGAUCGAACAAGACGUCGGCUUCGAUAUGGCAACGUUCCAGCUGGCCAUGGCCGUGGCUGCAAUUCAUACUACUUCGGACUUCCUCACUCAAAUAUUACUUGACCUCGCACAGCAUCCGGAGUACAUCGAACCGCUGCGUGCCGAGAUUGCAGCUGUCUUGAAGGAAGAUGGAUGGGACAAACUCUCGUUAUACAAGAUGCGACUGCUCGACAGCGUGUGUAAGGAGACUCAACGCCUGCGACCUAUUGGACUUGUUGCCAUGCACCGUGAAGCACUCAAGGACAUCGAUCUCGCCGGCGGUGUUCACCUUCCCAAAGGCACCCGCAUCGCCAUCUCCUCUCACCGCAUGCGUGAUCCUGCGUACUAUCCCUCCCCCAAUGAAUAUGAUGGUUAUCGUUUCCUGCGUAUGAGAGAUGAGCUUGGUGCUGGUAAGGAUGGUGAUGCCCACUUUGUUACUACUUCGCCACAACAUCUGGGAUUCGGACACGGCAAACACGCCUGUCCCGGGCGAUUCUUUGCGUCGAAUGAAGUCAAAGUCGCAUUAUGCCAUAUUUUGCUCAAAUAUAACUGGAGACUAGCGCCAGGCGUGGAACCGAAAAUCUUUCAAUUUGGACUCACAAUUGGUUGUGAUCCUGUUGCUAAGGUCGAGAUCCGAAGGAGAGACUAUCAUCUGGAAGCAUUGGCUGGGAAAGAAGAGAUUGAUGUUCGUGAUUUGCCAGUGAAAUGAGUG